GCCAUAACUUGAACUUAUCUUUGGAAACCGGAAGCGGACAACGCGCUGUUUUAUUGUGAAAGUGCAGGCGGAAGCUGUGGUUGCAGUGGAGCGCAGGGUUUUCCUGGGGUUGUGGGUCAAAAAUGCGGCUCUGACCCGGUUCGGCCCGGUGUUCGGGGAGGAUGGAGGCGUUCAGCAAGCUAACCAGCAUGCUGCUGAACGCGCUGGAGACGAGGGAACCCACCGCGGAUCUGCUGGACUCAUUUGUGGAUCAUUGGAAGUCGGUGACUAAUUAUUACAUUGAAACAACAGAUGAUAACCGACCCGUGGGACAGACGGACAUCCCUUGGCGUCUAAGACAGAUGUUGGAUAUCUUGGUUUAUGAGGAGAAACAGCAAGCGGUGGAGGACAUGGGGCCUUGUUUGGAGUAUCUGCUGCAGCACAAACUGCUAGAGACUCUGAGCACAUUGGCCAAGGCUCAGUAUCCUCCUGGGAUGCUGCAGCAGGUGCUGAUCUUCUUCUCAAAGCUGCUCUCUCAGAUGCAGAAGCCUCUUCUGCAGCUGCUGAACGUCUACAGACCUGUGCAGAAGCUGAUCCGCCUCUGUGCGCUUCCUGGUUCCCUCACCCUGAAGGAGGAGGCACACUUCCUAUUUGCUGUUUGCUCCGCAGUCAGAAAGGAUCUGCUCGCGCUCAGAUACAUUUUAGAGCCUCUGGACCAACAGCCGGCCUCCAGCCAGCCACAGCUCAGCCCGCCGGCGUCCGAUCCCAACCCGACGCCGCUCUGCACCCAGUCAGCAGAGUUCAGCCCUGUCCCAUCAGCUGCAUGCCAGUCCAGCCCUGUGCUUCCAGAGAGCGGUCUUAUCUGGGCUCUGGUGCAGCUGACCAACAGUCAGAGAGCGUCGGUGCGCCUGAAGGCCAGUGAGAGCCUCCUGCUGCUGUCCUCUCUGCCAGCUGGGCCCUCCGCCGACCUGCUUAGCGCUCACUCUCAGCUGGCAGAGCUGCUGGCCGGGAAGCUGCAGGAACUUUACGUCCUGCUGCCCGCAGACACGCUGGAUGCUGCAGCGCUGCAGAGCUGGCCUCACACAGCCUGGAGGGCAGACAGCAAAUCCGAGUGUGCAGACAGCCUGAGCAGUUUCUUCAUGUGGCUGGACUUCCUGGAUCAGCUCACCUCAGAAGCUCCACAGGUGUUGGCAGUGAAGGUGGCUCAGUGUUUUCAUCAGGUGUGGCUUCUGAGUUCUCUUCAUCCUCAGCUGAUUCACACGUGUGAGCAGGUGAUCUUGGGCUCCACUGCCGUCCUCUGUGCCGUCGUCAGACUGCUUACAUCCUGGCCUCUGUUGGAUCAGUUGGUCCACUUCCUGCUAAAGACCCCGUCUCUAAUGCCACUGGUGCUGCAGCGCUGCGACCACAUCUCUGAUCAGAUUAGCAUGAUGUCUCUGUGUUUGGUGGAAGAACUCCUACAGAAGCCCCACAGGGACAUUCUGGAUGUUCUGGUGUUGAGUUUUCUUCAGAGUCGUUCCUACCUGUUGGCGGGUCAGGAGGAACGGCCCGUAGAAAGCAGCCAGAGCAGUGAGGACAGCCAAGACCUGGAGGAGGACCCCUUCUUCUCUGACAGCUUUUCAGACACACAGCUCCUCCCUCCUCCUCUUCCUCAUCCUCCUGCUGGACUGGGAUCCACUGCAGACAUUGUUAACAGUUUCCUGUGUCUGGUUCCUGUCCAGGUCCGAUCGUCUCAGCUGCUGCAAGAGGGAGGCUACGAGUCGUACGUCCACGACGCACACACACUGGUGACCCAGUGUCAGACUCUGUCCCUGUCCUGGGACUGGCCACAAGGUCUCCCCUGUCCUUCAGAAGAGGAGGCCCACUUCUUGGAAGGCCCACUGCUGAAAGUUCUGUUGGACCGUCUGGGACGCGUUCUGGAGCAGCCAUAUGAGCUGAACCUGCAGCUGACGGCGGUUCUGUCCAGACUGUCAGCCUACAGCCAUCCUCUGCUGCAGGAAUACCUGCUGGACCCGUACAUCCCCCUGUCUCCCUGCUCCAGGUCGCUGUUCUCUGUCCUCAUCAGGGUGAUGGGUGAGUUGAUGCAGAGGAUCCAGCAGAUUCCAGACCUGCCAGACAGACUGUUGAACACCAGGAGAGACCUGCUGGGAAUGAGCCACAACAAUGGACAGGAACACCUGACGUUGCUUAAAGGGAUCAUUGUCCUGGAAGAGUUCUGCAAGGAGCUUGCUGCCAUUGCCUUUGUCAAGCUCCCCAUGGAGAAGGAUUUACCUGGAUCUCCUGGAUCUGGCUUGGAUCCACCUCAUGGAGAUGCUUUUCCAGAUACUCCCUGAUCACGUGCUAGGAGGUUCAUCUCCAUCCUGAUGGUAUGACAACUCUGGUGGGUUUCUGGUUCUCUCACUCCUGCUGGUUCCUGCUCCAUCACACCUGAUUUAGUGGAUGAUCUCAUCAAGACGCAUCUAAAUCCUGGAACUGUUGUUCUUCUGAACUCAAAGCCUUCGUUUGCUUCUUAAAGCUCUUAUAGAAUGACCACAAUGAGGAUCAACAGCAGAGAAGGUCCAAUGUGACCUCCAGUUCAACUCUGACCUCAAACUGCUUUGAACUCAUUUGUCUUUUUCAAGCCUUCCAGACUGACAGAUGAAGGCUGAGAGAUGACAGCAACCAGAUCAGUCCUCAGAGCAGAGGCCACUUCUUAAAUGUCCAUUUUUUAAAGAGAUGAUCAAAUAUUUAAGCACAGAACUCCGACUAGAACUCGAGUCCCGCUGGAACCUGGGUGGACCCUGAUUCUGUUCCUGCUGUUCUGUACUGCCACCAUCUGGUAAAACAAUGUUUUAGCUGUUCAGAAUAUUUAUUUAAAAUAUGUGAAUUUUACAUGUGAUGUGAGAGGUGUUUGAGGAGCUUAAUCAAUGGCAUGUUGUGUUGAUGUUUGUCAUGUUCACCGGCUCUCGCAGAUCUGGUGAGCUCAGGUAUGUGGACAUGCAGCUCUGGGUGUGGGAGAUGGUGUGAGAUGUUUCUUUACAACAUUUAUCAACAAUUAAACCAAGACAAAGAUCUGUUAUUUGAUGUGAUGUUUAUGAAGUGUGCAGGCCUGAGGGAACAUCUAAAGACAUUUAUGUUCCACAAAGCUUCAUCUUCAAGACUCCUGAUUGGCUUCCAAUGCUCAGUAAGUCAACUGUGGCUGCAGCGCCCCCUGAUCUCAGUGAGGGAACUGCAGCCUCUGAUAUAAAGAUGCUGCAGUUUAAAGUCCCACACCGACUAUAGCUUUUCUUUAGUCAAACAGAUUCCAGUGAACUUUUUUAUUAUGAUUAUGUGGGUUUUAGCCUAAUUAGAAAAGCCUGUGUUGUUUUUUAGGGUUAGAAGGAAAACGCUGUGGGCACGACUGUUAGUGCAGAAGUAACCCAACAUUGAUAUCCCAGCAUGCUUUUGUUUCCACUCCCUGUUAGCUUACAGCCCCUUACAACCCCAAGCUAACAUGAGUGUAGCAAAAAACAGCGAGCAAUAUCUGAGCUAUCCAGUCGUACAGUUUAGAUCAGGGGUGUCAAACAUACGGCCCGUGGGCCGCAUCCAGCCUGCCAGAUGGUUCAAUCUGGCCCGAUUAUGAAGAAAAAAAAAAGAAUUUUCAAAAAAAUAAGCAAGUUUCUAGCCCACUCCUGUGGCGAGUUACGGUUCUUUAAAGAAAUGACCGCAAUGCGCAAUUCCACCACUAGGGGAGCAAUGGAAACUCAAAAAAUCCAGAAAUAACACGAUGAAGGAAAACCAUGCCAAGUUUUGGGAGAGAAAUGAAGGUUAACGCCAAAAUGUUUGCAAGUUUAACCCUCUGGAACCUAGGGCCUAAAACUUUCCUUUUUAACUUUUGAAUGUACCUCUGUAUUUUCAAUUUAACAUGCUUAUUUGGUGUCAUUUUAAUCAGCACAACCUCUCCUAUGUGACACUGUCUUUAUUUAGUAAUUUCUCCAUGUUGCAUUCACACAUCAGACAUAAAAUCAUGUAAAAACAGAAAAUUCCAUCUGGAAAAAUUGGAUUCAUUUUGCUGUGAAACCCUUAAAAAAUGUUUAACAAACUGUUUUUACAACAUAGAAUGAAAGUUUUAGGUGUCAUUUCAUAAAAAACACAAGAAUUAAUUUAGUCAACAAACUAUUUUUGAAUAAAAAUAUAAAAAGAAUUCCAGAUGAAAUUCACAAAUUCCCUAUUUGGGCCACAUAUAUGAACAUUUGUGUUGGUAGAGGAACAUCACGACCUCUCAGCUCCAUGAUGUGACCUUUCAUAUGUUCUCAUACAGACAGUAAUAAUACUUCAGUCUGUCUGUGUAUCUUCAGCUUCCAAGCAGCCCAAAAAAAAGAAGAAUUUCUCUCCUAAGAACACUGCUGUCCAUUUGACAUUUUUCCUUCUAUUUUUUUUCUCUUUUCUUUUACUUUUUUUCCUCAUAAACUUUCCUUGUUGUGUUUGUGAGGAAUACUAAAAAGUUUUAGGGAGAAGUUUGAUCCAACUGGACUUCAGGUCGGCUCGGCUGGAAUCUGCUCUCAGGUGGGGGUGUGUCUGUCCACUCUGUUGCUUGCCUCUCUUAACAACGACGGGUGGGACUUUCGCGGAGAAACACUGAGUUUCUGAGAUUUUUUGACAAAGCCGGUGGUUGCUGUUGUAGUUAAUUCAUGUUGGACCUUAUGACAUAAAUAAAAUUAUGAUCAGUUUCCUCCUUCUGGGAUUUCUGAUAGUGGACAGAUCCGUUCCGCUCUGCCUCCACCGUGGGUAUGCUGCCCAGCGGCGAGUAGGACUUUUUUUUUUUGACAAUGCCGGUUGUUGCUGUUGUAGUAAACUCAUUUCAGACCCUUUCCCAAAGCAAAAUUAAGAUCGCUUUCCUCCUUUUAGGGGUUUCUAAUAGCGAACAGCUCUGUUUUGCUCCGCCCCCACCGCAGGGGAACUGACAUGCAUUGCAGCCGUCUGAUCAAAGUUUAACGUUCAAAAUCAAAGUUGGUUUUGGCCCAAAAUCUACAAAUAAAGGCCAUAUUCUGCCUUUAAUUCAAUACAAUAUCAGUUACAGAACAUAAAAAAAGUUUAUGUAAAAUAAAAGUUUGAAACAUUAAUUUUAGAUGGCGUUUUAUCACGUUGAUCUCACAGCUGCACAGCAGGAUGCAUGAGGGCAUUUGUCGGUUCCAGAGGGUUAAUUUAGUUAUUUAGUUUAGUUUUUCAUUAACACAUUUACAUUUUAGACAGGGUAUUUAUUUGCUUUAAUGUCAGAUAUAAAACAUUCAGUCUGUAUAAAAUUCAAAAAAACUUUUUUUUUUUUAAAAUGAAAUCCAUUUAAUUUGAAAUGCACUGGACCAUGGACGUUCAUGAAUCUAUUUGUCUUCAGGUGGAUGAAUCAGAAUAGAGCAGAGCAGGGAGCUCUGUGACCCAUCCAGCGUAUUUUCUACAUCACAAAUAUGAUCUUUUUCAAAUGUAAUUUUCUGCCGAGAUUACUAAUCACAAUGCAGAAGGGCUUCACUACAAGUAAAACCACACACUGAAGAACAGCUGGAGAAAUUACAUCUAAAACUACUGUUUUGUAAAGUUGCCUCUGAAAAGCCCAGGAUUAAAGGAUUUAAAACUAAUAAAUUAUUGGCAUAUUAAAAUACAAUAACAGUCAAGUAAAAAUGUAGUAGUAUACAAAUAUAGUGGUGGAUGGAUUUGAUGUUAAAUGAGAAGAAUUCUUUGAUCCUUUUCCGCUCAUUCAGGACCGGGUCAGCAGUCUAAGCAAAGUUACCCAGACUACCUUCUCCUCGCCCACUUCCUCCAGCUCCUCUGGGGGGGACUGUGAGACAUUUCCAGGUCAGCAGUGAUGUUUAUGCUUUGUCAACUAUUGAAGAUAAUCUGGAAGAUGACAAAAAAAACUAAACAAAAA